UUAUGAUGAUUAAAUUAAUUAUUGAUUGAUUGAUUGAUUUUGUUGUGUUCAAAUGUCAAAACAAUUAUUGAAUAUUUUCGGUGUGUUUGAUGUCAAUUGUUCAAGAUUAUAUUGUCAUUUACAAUUACAGCUACCAUUCUUGAAUUUGAUACAUGAAAAUGGAAAUUUCCGGCUGAAACAUGUAGAUAAUGAACUGAUUUUUACAGUUUCAAAUGAUGACAAUGGCAAUUUUCUACAGUUUCGUAUACGAGAAACAGAUAACUCUUCGCGGUCAUUAAUCAUUGAUGGAUUCAAUACUGAAUUAAACAACAUUGAUGAUUGUAUCUAUCGUAUUGAAUUCGAUUUGGCCGCCGCCAAUAUCAACGUUGACUUUGAUCGAAUGAAAAAAUUGCUCGAUUAUUCAUUUCAUAAUGAAAAUAAUUUGGAAAUUUUUCCAGUUUUAAAAUUUGAAUUAAAUAACGACGAAUCUGAUCUAUUACUACCAAAAUCGAUUGAAUUCGAUAAAUCCCUAUUGCAAGUAUUUGAUCGUCCAAAUCCAGAACUAUUAAAUGAUUGGCUUUUUUGUCAUAAUCAUUCCCAUCAUGAAGAUGAUAAUAAUGUUGAUAUUUUGUCAUCAAUAAACGAAAAUUAUGGCCCAUUAAUUUUAGAUCAUAUCGAACAAAUUGUUCAUCUUUUACAGAAUGAAUCGAAUGAAAUUUUGUUUGAAUCGGUUAAAAAUAAAACCAUAGUUUGUUUAUCAGACUUGGACAAAGAGAUUUUUAUACAACAUGUGAAGAUUCAAAAAUGGAAAACAAACAAAUGAUUCGAAUAAAAUUACAAAACUCUUUACUUGUAUGGUAUAAAAUUUUUCUUCCAUCUGAUAUAUCAUUGAAAUCUGAUGCUCAAAAUCAUAAUGAUG